AUGAUAUCCACACACUCGUUCAAGUCACUCGUUUUAACCAGCCUUGCUCUCCUCGGCUGCUCUCCACUCGUUCACGCCGCACCCUGGAUAAUCACUGAAGCAAACCAAGCUGUCCCCACAACAAUAGUCAGCUAUGACCUGGACGAUAACCUCGUCACAAAAACAACCACCUCCGUCGAAGCAAUCAUUCCAACAGUAACAUCCCUCCCGGAAGCCCUGUCAACAAUCACCCAAACAAACACCGGAUACGGCUACACCAUCACCGCCGUCGAAAAACUAUACCCCUCCGGCGUCGGCACAGCCAUCGACCUCAACGCCGGUUACUACGAAGACUACUACAGUUCCAACGCCUACCACACAACCGUCUUCGUCGUCGACCUAACCUAUACCGCACCAACAGGCUGCUCCUCAACAUGGACAACAACUACAGCCGCAACGCUCCGCGCCUUGCCUACAACUCUCUCCGCCCUCCUCCCACGAACCAGGACAUCUGUCUCCUUAUCUGUUGACACGAGCAUCGCCUUUCAACCAACGACAUACACAUACGAUCAGAUCUGGGUAGACCCCACCCAAGUCCCAAGGGCCACUCUCGCCUCCCUGCGAAACGUAAACUCCCCGCCAUCCACCCUUUACGGCGCGGGCUCAAACUGCUACUACCACUACACCUACUCCGACGGCACGGACAGUUCAUCCAAGUACGACCCCAACACGGGCCUAAGCUCCGGGCCCACCUCCAAUUCCAAUUCCAAUUCCAACGCUGACCCCAACAGUGGCUACUACAAUAACUACUACUACUGGGACAACUACGACGAAUGGAACGGCAAAUACUAUGGUGGCAUCAGUCUCCUCGCAGUCAUCCUAAUCAGCGUCCUCGGCUGGAUAGGCCUAUGGUUCCUCGCCGGCAUUUUGGAAGCAUGGAUCCGAUUCCGCAGACUAAUGCUGGGAUGGCAGACGCGCCGUGGACUACCGGUAUGCUGGGCGUUUACAAUUCUCCCGCUCUCGCUGUGCUGUCUCUGGGGAUUUCGAAAGGGCUACCGCGCGCGUAGUGUCGACGAUGCGGCUAUCUUGAAAGAGAGGUGGGAGAAGAUGGGCUUUUGGAGGAAGUUUUGUCUGUUUUGGGUUUGGGGCUUUCGGUACAAGUAUCCGACUGUUUUGGGGCCGCCGCCGCCGAAGGUUAGGGUUUCGAAACGUCCGGGUUAUGCGUGGGGUGGAUAUGGGUAUGGGAAUGCUGAUGGGGUGCAUCCGGCGCCGUUGUUGGGGGCCGAGGAUAGUCCUUUGCCUAGGGCUGUUGUGCCUGAGGCGUCUGGUGCGCUGCACGAGGGUGGGGGUGAAGGGGAGAUUGGACGGGCUAGUUCUCGUUAA